AUGUUGACAAUCACCAACAUUAAUUAUCUGGACCUACUAUGCCUUACCGGUGUUACAAUUGGAGUCUAUCUGGUAAAGCAGGUGGUCAUCAAGAAGAAUCCUGCACCAUAUCCACCUGGUCCCCGGGGGUGGCCUCUCAUUGGCAAUAUUUUAGAUAUGCCUCACAUCAAGCCCUGGCUCACGUUUAGUGCGUGGGGUCAGAAGUAUGGUGAUAUCACGCAUAUCAGUGUUCUGGGUCGGCACAUCAUUGUGCUGAACUCUGUCAAGACCGCAAUGGAAAUGAUGGACAGAAAAAGCAUUGUGUACUCUGACCGUCCUAUUCUUCCUAUGAGUGGCGAGCUUGUUGGCUGGAAGGAUUCUUUGUUCUUCCUUUCUUAUGGUGACCGUCUUCGCCAGCAACGCAAGAACUUACAUCGCGUCAUCGGCAGUCGUGCCGCAGUGGGCGUAUACAACGAGGUUGGGGAGGUUGAGACUCGUCGAUUCCUGCAGCGUGUGGUCGUAAAACCCGAUCGACUGCAGGAGCAUGUCCGACACACUGUUGGCGCUGUCAUUCUGCGCAUCUCUCAUGGUUACGAAGUGAAAGAGAACAACGAUCCCUUUGUUGACCUUGCGAACCGCGUUACAGCCCAUGGCUCGCAGGCCACAGCUCCCGGUGCCUUUAUGGUUGAUAUUUUACCAUUCUUGGUAAAGGUCCCCGCGUGGUUCCCCGGUGCUGGCUUCAAGCGCAUAGCACGUGAAUGGCAUGAGACCCUCGAAGAGAUGGUUUCUGCACCCCACAAGUUCGUCAAGGACCAGAUGGUUGCUGGCAUCGCCCCUGUGUCUUUUACCUCGAAUCUUUUAGAAGGCGGCGAUCUGUCUGCGGAGGAGGAACACGUCGUGAAAUGGUCUGCUUUUUCCAUAAACGCUGGUGGUACCGACACGACUGUUUCUGCAAUAUACUCGCUUUUUCUAGCUAUGACACUUUUCCCUGAUGUGCAGAAGAAAGCUCAGGCUGAAAUAGAUGCGGUUGUUGGUCCUGACCGUCUUCCCUCCUUCGCCGAUCGCGACUCCCUCCCUUAUACUGAGGCUCUUGUCAAAGAAGUCCUGCGCUGGAACGUUGUCCUUUCCACUGGUUUUCCUCACUGUGUGGCUGAAGAUGAUAUCCAUAACGGGUACUAUAUUCCAAAAGGCUCCUUAGUACUACCUAACAUUUGGUUCAUGCUCAACGAUCCACAGACAUAUACUAACCCCUCUCAAUUCAAUCCUGAACGCUUCUUGGCCAAGGAUGGAAAUGAACCUGAGAUGGAUCCUCGUACGGUGUGUUUUGGCUUCGGUAGACGUAUUUGCCCAGGUAUAUCCAGCUCGCAUCAAUUAACUAACAGUCUCCACCUUGCUGAUGCUUCCAUUUGGAUAACUACUGCAAUGUCACUAGCCGUAUUCGAUAUUUCCAAGGUUGUUGAGAAUGGUGUUGAGAUCAUUCCCGAGGUUGAACCCUUACCAGGUACGGCCAGCCACCCCAAACCGUUCAAGUGUUCCAUCAAGCCUCGCUCUGCAACUGCCCUUGAGCUUGUUGAACAAGAUGCUAACUACUAA